AUCUUCCUUUGUUGGCAGACAAAACAAAGAAAAAGGACACAUACAAAAGAAAAGAACUCUCUGCCAUAUUUCAUUCACCACAUCUCUCCUCUCUCUUGCGGCGAUCUUAAUCUCUUACGUGGAGUGUUGACAAUAUGGAGCAUGAUGAGACGGGAUGCCAACCCCCUCCUGAAGGCCCUAUUUUGUGCGUUAACAACUGUGGCUUCUUUGGAAGUGCUGCAAACAUGAACAUGUGCUCUAAGUGUUACAGGGACACGGUAUUGAAACAAGAACAAGCUAAGUUAGCUGCAUCAUCGAUUGAAAACCUUGUCAAUGGAUCAACCGCCAGUGAGAAGGGGGAAACGAUUGUUGUUGGCUCAGUCGAUGUGCAAUCUGAUUCUGUGGAAGCAAAGGCUGUAGCUUUGCCAUCAUCUCCAACCUCAAGCUCCAGUGUUGUUUCUGAAGUAAAGGCUAAGGAGGGUCCUAACCGCUGCGGCACUUGUAAAAAAAGGGUUGGCUUCACUGGAUUCAAGUGUCGCUGCGGUCACCUGUAUUGUGGAGCACACCGUUACUCGGAUAAACAUGACUGCCAGUUUGAUUACCGCUCUGCUGCCCAAGAUGCAAUAGCAAAGGCCAACCCUGUUGUGAAGGCAGAGAAGCUUGACAAGAUCUAGAAGGGGUAUUGUGCUUAAAUUUGGUGAUUUCAUUUGGUUUUCCUCUGAUGGCAACAUAUAAUAUGAGAUCUUAUUAAACCUCAGGGGCAAAGAAGAUUAAAAGAUAUUGCAGCUUGAAGAAUUAUUAGGAGAAUUUGUGUGUUGGCUACAGUUUCAUGCCUUCUUUUGUGCUGGUUUGAUAUACACUUUGAUUACGUCUGUUAUGUGUUGUUCUGAUUCACCUGGUAUUCUAUCCGAUAUUACAUGUCUAAAUGGUAUGUGCGAAUCUAGAUAAUAUGGAAAAUGUCCGUUGACAUGGUUGUGCUUUGGCAUUGUAAAUUUCGCUUCAUGAUCUCUUGUAUGUUUUCGGCCAAUGUUUCAGAUAUCAUCUUCAUUCAUUUUGCUUUCUA